ACGGCUGAAAGUGACAACUGCAACAGGGAAAUUAGCACAAUUUCAUUUUCAUAAAACCUUCGUCUAUUGGACUUCGCAGUGUCCUAAUCACCGUGCAGGUGACAUAUGAGGCAUGAGCGGUGCAGUCAGACAGAUCACUGUGUCCACUGACCCGGGGACCCCUUAUUUCCUGCGAGUUGACUUUGCUGUCAAUCUCAGUGCUGGGUUCACACUAGCUCUCUCCGAUGGCAUCUCUGCAUGGAAUGGAGCAGUUUCAGUAGACGAACUUACGAGGCAGGCCAAAGACAUGAAGGCCCCAAUGGAGGGAUAUGUCGAGGAUCUUCAUCAAGCAAUGAUGGGAGGUGGACAGGGGAGAGAAGGCGAGAGGAGAGCCGGUGAAGGAGACAUAUAUUCUUUUGAGCUCGCUCUGGAUUGCCUUCAACUCUCAUACCACAAAAAGUGUGACGGCGUCUCGGUGCGCUUGGGCUCUUUGAAGCUGCAGCCUGCUCCCCACCCGUUAGCGCUGACCCGGGAGAUGAUUGGCCAGGCGCUCAAACGCAACACUAACCUGGAGAAAGAAAACUUGCUGCUAUUGGAGGAGAACUGUAAACUAAAAGAGGAUCAUGCGCAAAUACUUCAAGAGUUGGAAUGUCAGGUUCAGGAUAAGGAGACAACGACAAGGGAACUUUACACCCGUUUCGUUAUGGUGCUCAAUGAGAAGAAGGCCAAGAUCAGAAGCUUGCAGGAUGCCCUCAGUCAACUCCAACCAACUACCAGCCUUCAGAAGAAUCAAAGAAACACGAUGUCAGAUGAACAUUAGCCACACCUCAAUGGAGUUUUCUACAUGUCUGUUGAAAAGCAGCGUAAUGAUUCCAAGACUUCACUCUUAGUCUGUCUGGCUUCCCCAACUUUUUUAAUGAGAAAAUCACAUCUCUUUAGGUGAAGAUGUCAGCCAAGACAGCAGAGCAGAGACAAUGCAGAGAAGCCAUCCAUCACUUGAA